AUGGCCGGGAGGGAUAGGGACCCGUUGGUGGUUGGUAGGGUUGUGGGGGAUGUGCUGGACCCCUUCGUCCGCACCACUAACCUCAGGGUGACAUUCGGGAACCGGGCCGUGUCCAACGGCUGCGAGCUCAAGCCCUCCAUGGUCACCCACCAGCCCAGGGUCGAGGUCGGCGGCAAUGAGAUGAGGACCUUCUACACACUCGUGAUGGUAGACCCCGACGCGCCAAGUCCAAGCGAUCCCAACCUAAGAGAAUACCUCCAUUGGUUGGUGACAGAUAUUCCUGGAACUACUGGUGCUUCCUUUGGGCAGGAGGUGAUGUGCUACGAGAGCCCUCGCCCCAACAUGGGGAUCCACCGCUUCGUGCUCGUGCUCUUCCAGCAGCUGGGCCGGCAGACGGUGUACGCGCCUGGGUGGCGCCAGAACUUCAAUACCAGGGACUUCGCCGAGCUCUACAACCUCGGCCCGCCCGUCGCCGCCGUCUACUUCAACUGUCAGCGCGAGGCCGGCUCCGGCGGCAGGAGGAUGUAUAAUUGA